AUACACCCCGUUCCCUGCCCAAAUAUUGACCAAGGCUGCUUGUGACCUUUCAUUUUCCAAGUAGGAAUAACUAUAAUUAUUUUAUAAUACCUACUGAUUUACAGAAAACCCUGGUGGCAUAGUGGUUAAGUGAUACAGCUGCUAAUCAAAAGGUCAGCAGUUCAAAUCCACCAGCCCCUCCUUGGAAACUCUAUGGGGGCAAUUCUACUCUGUCCUUUAGGGUCGCUGUGGGUCGGAAUCGGCUCAACGGCAAUAGGUUUUUUUUUGGUACCCAUUUACAGAAAUUCACACAGUGCCAAGAGGUAUAGAAUAGAAAGCAAAAUCACCCGUGGUUCCAUCAUCCAGAAUGAAUGCAUUUAAUAUUUUGGUAGAUGUUCUUAUGUUUUUUUUUCCUACUUUGUAAAGUCAGACGUAUUUUACAAAGAUUUUUGCCAUAUAUUGUAUGAUAUGCACACAUGUAUUUUACUUAGCAUAUUGCGAAUAUCUUUUCAUGGAUAUAGAGACAGUAGAACAUGGUGGUUAAGAGAACGGGCUAUAGAACGUUAUUGUUUGCAUUCAGACCAUGGAGUUAUCAAUCGUUGUUGACCCUGGAGAGUUAGUUAACUUCUCUGUUCCCCAGCUUCUCCAUCUGUAAAAUGAAUGAAAUAAAAAAUACGACUUAUGUGAGUGUUGUGAGGGUUAAAUGGAUUCAGACACGUAAACCCUUAUUGUGGGCCUGGACUCAGUGCACAGAAGUUGCCGUUGUUAUUAUUUCAGCUUUUUUAAGGGCUGCAUGGUAUUCCAUCACAAGACUACCCCCUAAUCUACUUAGCCAUUUCCCUAUUUGAUGGCCAUUUAGGUUGCCUUUGACUUUUCUCUCUUAUGAGUAAAUAGUGAUGUAGUGAGCAUCGUUAUACAUAUGUCCGUGCACACUUGUCUGAUUUAUUUCCUCAGGGUACAUUUUGAAAUGUGAAACUGGGGGAUUUUUGUGAUACACAUUGCUAGAAUGUCCUCCAGAAAGGCUUUCUUUAGCUGGUCUACACUACUAUCAUCAUUGCAUGAUACAGUUUUCCUCCUACACCCUCCAAAGCUGCCUGCUUUCAGUUCUCUAUCAGUGUGCUAGUGUGGACGUUGGCUACCCUCAACCCUUUAAAACAUGGAAACAGAUGAGACUGAGUGCAGAGUCUGAGCCUAGAGGUGUGCUAAUUUGCCUUACUGUUUCUCCUGUUUCCUGGCUGCAGACCCAGCUCCUGUGUUCAGCCAGCCAUGCUUCAGAGGGACUGCUACAGGGUGGAUGGAGCCGGGACGCUCCUUUCAGGGGCCAGUGGAAUGGUAGCAGGCAUGUGAGCCACUCCUGGUGGCCUCAGAGCCCUGUCAACAUGCAGGGAGUACCAUACUGGGAUCAGACGCUGUGGGGUUUGCUUGCUGUUAUCAGCUGCACACCCUUCCACAGAGCAGCUCCUGGUUGGGGCCAUCUUUGCUUUCCUUUCUCCAGACUUUCUUUGUGAGUGACUCAGCAGCGUCCCCACCGCCUGCCCUCUGUUCCCCAGGGGAGGUUGUCUAGGAACGCAGAACCCGAGGAGAGGAAGGCGGUACUUAGUUACCCACGCAUCAAGCCUUUGGGAUUUCUGGAGGUGGUACUGCAUUCACUUAUUCUGAAUGGACAAGGGAAAUAUCAUUUACGUUAACCUUCAGAUGUAAUUUAGAGGCUUUGCUUUAGAAAGCAUUUACUGGUUUUCUCUGUGAAGAGCAGUAUUUCUACAAAUUAUUUUUAAUCCCUGAAUAUAUUAGACUCUAAAGAAGUUUCCAUUUUCUUCUUGGGUCUGACCAAAAUGAAGCAAACAAACAAAGAUCAUUGUGAAUUCAAGAUUUCUCAUAUUACUUUAAGGCACUUCUUGAAAUGUGAUAAUUUGGAAAAAGUAAGUAGCUCAGAAUAUUCUUAGUAAACCAUUGUCUGAGUCAACUAUAAGGUGUAUUUUUCUGAUUGUUGUGGGUUGUAGAAGUUAAAUAUAAGUGUAAUUAUUCUAGCACAUUCCAUCUAAUUAUGAUGGUUUGAUUAUGAUAUUUUAAUUUUAGUUAGGCAAAACAUUGGAUUACAGUUCUUGUUAGUUAAGCAAGGAAGAGGUAGAGCUGAAUUUCACCUUUCGUUACUACUCCUGUUAUUUCAUUACUUUCAUGUUCUAUUGAAAGUUAACCUGUGGGUGAUGAAUAGUGGCAAGACUAUAAAACUGACACGUAUUUGCGUUUUUCUUGGGACAGCAACAGGUUUCCACAAGACUGGCACUUUGGCUCAGGGCGGGUCUGUUCAGCAGAAGCACUACUACCUGCAAAAUGCUGUGUUAUUGUGUUGUUGGGUGAUUUUUGACUCAUAGUGACCCCAUGUGACAGAGUAGAACUGCCCCAUAGGGCUUCCUAGGCUGUAAUCUUUACAGAAGCAGAUUGCCAGAUCUUUUCUUCCGUGGAGCAGCUGGGUGGAUUCAAACCACCAACGUUCUGGUUAGGAGCCAACGCUUAACCCUCAUGCCAUCAGGGCUCCCUGCAGAACGCUGUAGCAGGCCAUCUAUCUGAAACUAUACUAGUGCGUGUGCGUAGCAUAUCUUCUGGCACCGAAAAUGUUAGAAAAUGUAAGACAGAAUGGCUUGGCGAAAAUUACUAACCUUUACUCUAGACUCCGAUUGCAUGGGGUAAGCCUUGAAUUUCAACAGAAGGUUAAACCUGCUUUUAUCUUUCUUCAUUUUUUAUGUUUUGCUUGCCUGACUCCAGAAAUACCAUGACUGAACUCUAAAAGAACAAGUGUUUGGGAAUGUCCCCAGCCCUUCGCAGUAUAUAAAUUAUCAGUAUGAUCCGUUGUUCUGAGCUUUCUGACUGCAUUUGGCCUUCCACGUCCCAAACAGUUGUCUGAGGUUCUUUACUCCUAGAGCAGUGGUUCUCAAGUGGGGCUGAUUUUCCUCCUCAGGGACACCUGGCAAUAUCUAGAGACAUUUUUAGUUGUUGGGUAGGGGUGUUGUCACUGGCAUCUAGUGGGUAGAGGCCAGGGAUACUGCUAAAUAUCCUACAAUGCACAGGGCAGCCCCCCACAAGAAGGAAUUAUCUGGCUCUGAAAGUCAAUAUUGCCCAGGCUGAGAAACCCUGCUGUAGAAGAUUGAAAGGUCAGGAUGUCUUCAGGGAAGCUGACUAACUGCCAGAAAGGUGCUCAAAGGUGCCCUUUACCUGGUAACCUUAUCCUCAGUUCAGGAUCUGGGUCUCUUGCAACUUUAGAAACAUACUUUUAGGUGUUCCACAGCUGAUCACAUUCUAGGAGGUUGACUCCCAUUGAAAGUCACAGGAAACUGAGUAAAUAAACCUCUUCCCUCCUUAUUAGGCUUCACUAAUAAAUAGAGCUAGCAGACAGAGUGGACACUUAUGGUGGCCUGCAUAGCUCAUAUGCCUCCUGUUGACAAGGUAUGUGGGAGCCCAAAUCCUCAGGAGGUGACUUGGCGAGCCUGCAAGCAGAAAAAGGGAAGUUUUUGGGUAUUUAAUGAUGGGAAGGAGUCCCUGGGUAGUGCAAAUAGGUAACACCUUUGGCUGCUAAUGGAAAGGUGGCAAAUUCCAGUCCACCCAGAGGAAGAGCCUGGUGAUCUGCUUCCAAAAAAAUCAGCCACUGGAAACCAUAUGGAGCAUAGUUCUACUCUGACACACAUGGGAUCAGCAUGAGUGGGAUCGACUCCACGGCAGCUGGUAGUAACGAUGGGAAACUCUGAGGUCUUCACAUUUAAAACUCCACUCCAGGCAUGUACCAUCAUCAUGACUGGAGAUGCUGGGCUUUCAGGCAAGGCUGUUCUCCCUUAGGCAGUGCCGAGAUGGGUCUUUUCUUCUCUGCCUCCAUUGCUGACAAACUGCCUUUCGUCAUCCAUCCUGAUUCUGUUAAUUAAAACGCUCUUUAGUUUUGUUUGACUUGGGGAAGGGGGUUUUGUUCGACCAAAUGUGUCGAGCACCACUCUAACAUGGAUGUUAGGCUCUGGGAUAUUCUGAAUAAUAUUAAGACACUGUUCCCAACUGGAGCUUUCUCAGUCUUGAGGAUGGCUCUGACAUACCAACAUUUCAAGAGUGUGGACAGGACAGUAAUAGUAUACACAGGAUGGUAUGCGAUACAGAGGACACAGACCUGUGCUGCAAUGUCACAGUGAGCGUCUUUGAUCUACUAAGCACUGAUUUUAUAGUUUAAUUUUUGGAAGGCAGCCUCGUUCCUGCAAUUCUGAGUUUACUGUCAGCUAUCCAUUUGCUUUUCCCAGCAGUCUGUUCCAAGAUUAGAUGUUAGGUUUCUGGAUGAUGAAAUAGUCCAGUAUGCCACUUAAUCUUUAUCUUUGCCCUUUCAAUAACAGAGGCAGUUGUUUUGUACAUCUUUGAAUGCUGUAGUCAACCCUCCAGGAAAUUAAGCCAGGCUGGAGGGAAGUAGAAGGAUGAUGCAAUGUGAAGAGAGGAAUUCUGCAGCGGGUAGCGAUACUCGAGUGAGCUUGAUGGGUUUUGCUAGGAUCCUGCUGAAUCACUCAGCAAAGGCAGAAACUGUUCAACUGCUAAAUCGCAUACAGUAUUUCCUUGUUUGAACAGAUAACGCUGACAUGAAGGGUAGGAACCUAUAGAAAUAGAAACAUUUGGUGGCGUUGUCAAGCAGUAAGGAGCGAAUCUUUUGGCUGUACACAUUUUUCUUCCUCCUCCUGUUUUUGGGUGAUGUUUUGCCUACCUUUCCCAAUCCUUUCUUGACCUUCCCCAAGUAAGAGUGGAUCUUGGUUUUCCACACUAGCUGAAAUCAGGCAUACCUGAGUUUGAAUUCUCACUCUGACACUUGUUGGGUGUGGGACUUGGGACGAAUAGCAUCUCUGAGUAGAGGGUGAAUUUUCACCCCAGAUGAUAAGGAGCCCUGGUAGUACAGUGGCUAAAUCACCUGGCUGCUAACCGAAAGGUCAGUGGUUUGACCCACCAGAGGCUCCGCGGGAGAAAGAUGUGCCAGUCUGCUUCCAUAAAGAUUCAGAGAAAAAACCAAACCCACUGCCGUUGAGUCGAUCCCGACUCAUAGUGACUCCAUAGUACAGAGUAGAACUGCCCCAUAGAGUUUCCAAGGAGCGCCUGGGGGGUUUGAACUGCCAACUGUUUGGUUAGCAGCUGUAGCUCUUAACCACUAUGUCACCAGGGUCCCUCCAUAAAGAUUACAGCCUUGGAAAUCCUAUGGGGCAGUUCUAUUCUGUACUGUAGCGUCGCUAUGAGUUGGUAUUGACGUGACAGCAAUGGGUUUGGUUUUUUUUUUGGAGUAGAGAUGAUAAAGAGGAAGGAUUCGGAGGUAAAAUGUAGCUCCACCCAGACUGAACUCCAGAGAUGGAACUCUUGGCACUUACACUAGUGGAGGAUAGAGGUGACGUGUUUAAAACUCUUAGGACGUUACCUGGCGUGUAGUAGAGACUCCACACAUACUAGUAAUUUAGGUUGUGGGGUCACACAUAGAAUGUACAUAUCCUGUGAGGAGUAUGAACUGACAUAAAUUCACAUUGACGGGUAUUGGCUGGUAUUACAUCUUUUGCAUAAAUCCAGUGUUUUGGAUAGGAGUCACAGUGGUGGUGAAUGGGGUAAGGUGUAGGAAUUCUGAAUUUUGGGGAGGAGAAGAGAGAAAGGGAUAGCCUGGAAAGUUAUGUAUUCAGCAAACAUUGGCUGAGCUCGCUAGGUGCCAGUUUCUGUUUUUUUUUUUUUUUUUCAAAAAAGGAGGUACUCUUGGUUAACUUCAUAGUCUGUCCCUGGGCUAGUCCUGUCCUUUGUGUGAUGAGCUUGUACAAGGGUACUGCUAGGAAGCAUGUGGGGUUUCUUAGAAGUGCUGAAUAGCUUAAAUGGUUUGUUAUUUUUACUUUAGUAAUUAAUAUAGUGAUAUCAAAGCUGUUUGCAGCCAGAUUGCUUUUACUGCCCCUCAACAUAUGCUACAUUGAAAAGGCAUCUGAUAGGGAAAGGAUACUACAUGUGUGUGCUAUUUGACGCAGUGGUUAAGAGCCCAGCUGCUAACCAGAGGUCAGCAGUUUGAAUCCACCAGCCAUUCCUUGGAAACCCUAUGGGCAGUUCUACUCUGUCCUGUAGGGUCCUUAUGAGUCAGAAUCGACUCAACAGUGACCAGUUUUUAUUCUUUUAAAAAGGCGUGGCAGCACUGCUGCGUUUCAUUGGAACACAGAUAUCUGAGGCUGAUCUAAUGAUGUGCUACUGGGAGGCCACAGAGGAGGAGGAUCUUAGCCUCUGAAUUGAUUUUAUUUAUCCCUGUUGGGGUUUUCUCCCUCCUCUGCCGAGAGUUCCAUCUCAAAAGUUCAGUUUGGUUGGUGCUUUGUUUUACCUCUGGCUCCCUCCUCUUUGUCAUCUCUACCAGGGGUGGACAUUCAUGCUCUGCAGAGCCCACAUGUGCUUCAAAAAUUGCUCUGCUUAUUAUUGGGACCAGCUCAGAAAUUGUGUUUCUGCUUCUCUUCCUCUCCAUUGCUCACUUGAUGUUGUUAGAACACCAUCACUUCAUUAUUGUUUGUCUUUGGAGUCUGACAGCUCCUGGGGCCAGCUGGUACAGCUGGUUUGUAAUCCCAGCGCCUAACUCGAUGCCCGGUUCUGAUGAAUGCUUGUUUAAUGACUGACAUCACCAGAGGCAUGCUUUUCAAGUCUUGUACUUCCUUUCUGAAGCUCUGAAUUAGUCUUCCCUUCUUCCCCUUUUUUCCCCAUCUCUUGGACCUUGAUGCUGAUUGGAAAACAUGAAAAUCGAUAGAUGGAUGCUUAGAUGCCAGUGCAAACCUAUGGGAAUGUAUCAGCAUGAGGCAAGGCUUACCUGAUUGGGAAUUGGAAAUGUUUUUGCUUCCUUUAAUUGAUUCAGAGAGAGUAACAGAAAUUUAUUUGUCUUGCUACAAACCUAAAACAUACCUGCACACACACAUACAUGCCGCGCAUGCACUCAUCAGAGGACUCUGUGCUAGCGUGUUUAGCCAUUUUUAAUCUAUAAAAUUUAACAGUAGGCAAAUAAAACAAAAUUGAAUUUGGCCAGCCUUUGAAACUUAUUGAUUUCAAAUUAGAGCAGGAGUGUUAAUUCUGUUAAGGCAGUUACACACAGAGCUUGGUCUCUGAAAUAGAUUCAGAUGCAUCGAUUUAGAAGUUUGUAGGUAUAUCCUUGAUGAGUUAACUGGGAAAAUAAUAGUCCUAUGAGAAACUGUGUGGGAGCUGAGUGACUGAUGCCCUAAUUCUAGUGUCUAGGUUUAUCUUUAGAGUCCCUGGAGGUUGCGAACAGUCAACACACUCCACUGCUAACCGAAAGGUUGAGGUUCAAGUCCAUCCAGCGGUGCCUCAGAAGAAAGGCCUGGAGAUCUACUUCUGAAAACCCUGUGGAACACAGUUCUACUCUGGUGCACGUAGGGUCACCAUGAUUUGGAAUCGACUCGACAGCAACCGCUGGACGUGAUUUCCCAUAGAUUGCUUUGGCCUGGACAACCAGAGAACAAGAUUAUUCUCUUCUGUGUGGGACGCUAAAUCCCUAUGUGCGCCACAAAUUCCAGUGAGAGAAGAAGGGUGGAGCUUCUUGGGUGACCAUGGAAAUCCCACUGGGCAGGAUGAGGGCAGAGUGUGUGACAUCGCCACCACAAAGGUGCAGAGUGAUCUUCUUCGUUUCCCUUCCAAGCCAGCACUCCUCCUCCUGUAUCCACCAUGGUGUAUGGUGAGUUUUUCCAUCGCCCUGGACAAGGCGAGGAACUUGUCAACUUGAACGUGGGGGGCUUUAAGCAGUCUGUCGACCAAAGCACCCUCCUGCGGUUUCCUCACACCAGACUCGGGAAGUUGCUCACCUGCCACUCUGAAGAGGCUAUUCUGGAGCUGUGUGAUGAUUACAGUGUGGCGGAUAAAGAGUACUAUUUUGAUAGGAACCCCUCUUUGUUCAGAUAUGUUUUGAAUUUUUACUACACAGGGAAGCUGCACAUCAUGGAGGAGCUGUGUGUGUUCUCGUUCUGCCAGGAGAUCGAGUACUGGGGUAUCAACGAGCUAUUCCUUGACUCCUGCUGUAGUAAUCGCUAUCAGGAGCGUAAGGAGGAAAAACAUGAGAAGGACUGGGAUCAGAAAAGCAAUGACGUGAGCACUGAUUCCUCAUUUGAAGAGUCAUCUCUCUUUGAGAAAGAGCUGGAGAAAUUUGACAAACUGCGAUUUGGGCAGCUCCGGAAGAAAAUCUGGAUUCGAAUGGAAAACCCGGCAUACUGCUUGUCCGCCAAGCUUUUUGCCAUCUCGUCCUUGAGUGUGGUGCUGGCCUCCAUCGUGGCGAUGUGUGUCCACAGCAUGUCGGAGUUUCAGAAUGAGGAUGGAGAGGUGGAUGACCCUGUGCUGGAAGGUGUGGAGAUUGCAUGCAUUGCUUGGUUUACCGGGGAGCUGGCCAUCCGGCUGGUUGCUGCACCCUGUCAAAAGAAAUUCUGGAAGAACCCUCUAAACAUAAUUGACUUUGUGUCCAUUAUUCCCUUCUAUGCCACGUUGGCUGUAGACACCAAGGAAGAAGAGAGUGAGGACUUUGAAAACAUGGGCAAGGUGGUCCAGAUCCUGAGGCUGAUGAGGAUUUUCCGAAUUCUGAAGCUUGCUCGGCACUCGGUAGGGCUUCGUUCUCUAGGUGCCACCUUGAGACACAGCUACCAUGAAGUUGGGCUGCUGCUUCUCUUCCUGUCUGUGGGCAUUUCCAUCUUUUCUGUGCUUAUCUACUCUGUGGAGAAAGAUGAGUCCAUGUCAAGCCUCACCAGCAUCCCCGUCUGUUGGUGGUGGGCCACCAUCAGUAUGACGACCGUGGGCUAUGGAGAUACCCACCCAGUCACCUUGGCUGGGAAGCUUAUUGCCAGCACGUGCAUCAUCUGUGGUAUCUUGGUGGUGGCUCUUCCUAUCACCAUCAUCUUCAACAAGUUUUCCAAGUACUACCAGAAGCAAAAGGACAUUGAUGUGGACCAGUGCAGUGAGGACCCACCAGAGAAAUGUCAUGAGCUACCUUACUUUAACAUUAGGGAUAUUUACGCACAGCGGGUGCACGCCUUCAUUACCAGUCUGUCUUCUGUUGGAAUUGUGUUCCUCGGAUUUGUUUUAUCAUCUUCAGCAGAAGUUCUUUAUGGGGUUUGGAAGGCCACUGAAAGCACCCAAGGACCAUAUCCAACAUGGCUGAUUCCUUCCCUCCCAGCCCUUCUCUGCGGAGAUUGCUUCAACUUCCUCUUGUUUCACUUCAACAUUUCCUGGGUGUUUACUACAGUAUAGGCUCAGGGCAGGGACUGGAAGUACAAAGAUAAAUGAGACACAGUCCUUGCACUCAGGGAGCCUCCAAGCCAACUGGAAGCAGAGAAGUCAACUGAUAAUCACUACACAGAGUGAGGAAGGCUAUCACAGGGACGAGCACAAGACAUUGCUAUGAGAGUCCACAGGAGAGGUACCUGGCUCUGUGUCUGUGUGUGUAUUUGUCAGGGAAAACUUCUUGGAGGAGGUGACACCUGAGUUGGGUAUCAGUCCCUGAGAUCCUGGCGAGUUCAUUUCAGAUUUAGGGAUAAAACCACUGGGAAUGGAUAGGUGGAAUCUGUUGCCUUCAUCACCUCCCAGCUCUGUGGAGUGCCAGUCUCCACCUCUAUGAAUUCUUUUCUCUCCCCUUUGCUAAUUUCCCUUCUUUAGUUAGAAGUUCUGCCUUUAGAUGUGUUGAUCUUUUUUUUCCCCCUGUGCUGGAGGUUUAGAUACGCUGAUACAGGUAGACUUCGUGACUUUUCUUGCUUUUCCUGUUUUUUCACAGAAAUAUUUAGUCUCCCAGUUGCUUUUAUACACACCGGGGCUCAUUCCCAUGUGUUGAACUCAAAUGUGGAAGGACAUUUGCUCUUGUCUCCAAUGAGAGGGUCACGGUGAGGCCUUGUCUUGGGGCUUCUGUGCUAGUCUGUCUUCUAGAGGUUUGUUAAUACCAUGGAGAAGCUUUUUCUAAUGUUUAAAAUUAGAAGGGGGUUAUUUGCACCAUAGGAGAUUGCCACUAGUCUGUCAUUUUGACACAGUUUCACAUGGUUCAACUUAAAGAUAAGAGUUUGCCUCAGGUUUACAAAAAGGUGUUCCUCAAGUUCAUCACUAGUCCUAUGUAUAUUUCUGGCUUAAAGAAUGGCCAUCAGGAAGCCUGGGGUCUUAGUAUUAGCACCACGGCUAACUAGUUGUAUAACCCGGAGGCCAGAUUGCUCACUUCUCUGAGCUUCUUUUCUCACAUUGAAGGAGAGUGUAAUGAUUCCUGGUGUCUUUUCUAUCUCUGACACUUACGUAGUCUACUUUGUUCCUGUAAAUUAGUUAUUUCACCUCUAAUUUUGUGUGCAUUAGGAAUUUGCAAAAUGAUUUUAACCUGCCAUCUACCUUUUCUUAUACAUCUUUUUAUCAGUAGAGUCCUAACCAAUGAGAUUUCAUUUCUUGUCGAUGAGGGCGUGGGGAGUCAGCUAACUGAAAUCUUAGGUUAUUAGAAAAACAUUUACAAAGUAUCGCUCAUUUCCCUUCAUCCUGUGGCCAGGAGCGAAAGUUCCUCGAAUGCUGGGGGUGAUGCCGGGUGAAAGGCCUCUGAACAUCAAUAGAGAUGCGAUUUCACUUUGAUUUAAAA